CAGGCUCUGUGUGGUUGUAGGAGGAGUUUGAGGUCACCUCCCCCUCCGAGGCGCUGCCGCCAGAUUCUCCGUCCGAGGCACCCCCCCCGCUGCCAGGAUGUCCAGCAAGCGUGCCAAGGCCAAGACCACCAAGAAGCGCCCGCAGCGCGCCACCUCCAACGUCUUCGCCAUGUUCGACCAGUCCCAGAUCCAGGAGUUCAAGGAGGCCUUCAACAUGAUCGACCAGAACAGGGAUGGCUUCAUCGACAAGGAGGACCUGCACGACAUGCUGGCCUCCCUGGGGAAGAACCCCACAGAUGAGUACCUGGAGGGGAUGAUGAGCGAGGCCCCAGGCCCCAUCAACUUCACCAUGUUCCUCACCAUGUUUGGGGAGAAGCUGAACGGCACCGACCCCGAGGAUGUCAUCCGCAACGCCUUCGCCUGCUUCGACGAGGAGGCCUCGGGCUUCAUCCACGAGGACCACCUGCGGGAGCUGCUGACCACCAUGGGGGACAGGUUCACGGACGAGGAGGUGGAUGAGAUGUACAGGGAGGCUCCCAUCGACAAGAAGGGCAACUUCAACUACGUGGAGUUCACGCGCAUCCUCAAGCACGGCGCCAAGGACAAGGACGACUGAGCGCGGCCG